UCCAACACGCUUAUCUUACAAACGUGUUAUACGUAUUAAAGAAAACUGUAAUUAAAACGUCACUAAGCGUUGUAUAUCAGCUGUCACUGAUGUUUUAAAAAAGUGAUUUUUCGUGAAUUACCGUAACAUACCAUGAUAUUGUGACAAAAAACAUUAAAACCGUAACCAGCCCCAGUAAUACGUAACGUCCGGUCGCCCCCCGGGCCCUUCUAAAUUAAGUUAGCCCCACCUAACCUCACAAUGUCAGUGGUGAUCGAGACCACUUUGGGGGACAUAACCGUUGAUUUGUACAUCAAGCGGCGCCCCCGCGCCUGCCUCAACUUCCUCAAGCUAUGCAAAAUCAAAUACUACAACUACAGCCUCUUCCACACCGUGAGCCGCGGUUUCAUCGCCCAGACCGGCGACCCCACCGGCAGCCGCACGGGCGGCGAAUCAAUCUUCGGGGUGCUCGAGGGCCCCCAUAAGCGUUUCUUCGAACCGGAGUCCAACCCGCGCAUCAAGCACACAACCAUGGGCUUGAUUUCGUUCGUCGGCAAUGAGGAUCAUAUGAUCGGUUCCCAGUUUUUUUUCACUUUGGGGGCCGAACUGACGUACUUGGACGAGAAGCACUGCGUUUUCGGGGAAGUGGUGGAAGGGCUGGACGUGUUGGAGAUAAUGAAUGAGGCGAUUUGUGACACUGACGACAGGCCGUAUCAGGACAUUAGGAUAACGCAUACUGUGGUCUUGGACGACCCGUUCCCGGACGAGGACAGGCUGAGGGCCCCCUCGAGGUCGCCCUCGCCGAGCGCCGAGCGGCUGAAGGGGGGCCGGAUAGCCCCCGAUGAGGAAAUCGACGAAACGGCCGGGAAGACAGCCGAGGAAAUUAGCGAGAUGCUAGCGGAGCGCGAGGCGAAGGCGAGGGCUACGAUUCUUGAAAUGGUGGGGGAUAUCCCGGAUGCGGAAAUGGCCCCGCCUGAGAAUGUCCUCUUCGUUUGUAAAUUGAAUCCAGUGACGAGUGAUGACGAUCUCGAGAUUAUUUUUAGCAGAUUUGGCAAAAUUAAAUCCUGUGAAGUGAUCAGGGAUCGGAAGACUGGGGAUUCACUACAGUAUGCUUUCGUCGAAUUUGAAGAUAAAAAAUCGUGCGAAGAUGCGUAUUUUAAGAUGGAUAAUGUUCUCAUUGAUGAUCGGAGGAUCCACGUUGAUUUCAGUCAAUCCGUGUCAAAAGUCAGAUGGUUGGGGAAGGGAAGAGGUGUUAGGAAUUUGGGUGAGAAAGACCAGGAUCUGGGCAAAGGUCACUACCAAAAAAAUGGAGAGAAAAAAAAGGACAAAGAAAAAAGAACAGAGAAACGAAAUGAAGACAGAAGAAAUAGGUCUCCAGAACGAAGAAGAGACAGAAGAUAUGACGAUAGAAGAGAUAGGUAUUACGAGAGACGGAGAGACCGUUCAAGGUCACCUAAAUAUAGACGAGAAGAAGAAAGACACAAAACAGUACAAAAAUAUGAUGCAAAAAAGAAACGACGCGAUAAGUCCUCCAGUGGUGAGCCAAACCGGAAACAAUCGAAGUCCUCACACAAAGACAAAACGAAGAAAGCGAGCGAACAAGACAGAAAAAAGAAGAAGAAAUCGAAGAAAAAGAAGCGCUCUAGCAGUAGUUCAGACUCAUAAUUUUAACAAGCCUGUCAAUUAUGUAAAUAAAGUUUUUAUGUCUUGA